AUGAAACGUCCGGCCAUUCCUCCAUUGUCUACGGUUCGUGCAGACCCACCAUCAUCACCACGUUAUCCACCACCUGUCACCACCCCCACCACUGGCGCCCAACGCCGGAUCGCCAUUGCUGUCGACCUCAGUGACGAGAGCGCUUUCGCGGUUCAAUGGGCUGUCCAGAACUACCUACGCCCAGGAGAUGCCGUCAUCCUCCUUCAUAUCCAGCUAACCUCUGUCCUAUACGGAGCAGACUGGGGCCAUGCAAUGGAUGCUAAAAACGCCUCGAAAGAAACGCGACAGAAACUCGAGGACGAUUUUGAUAGCUUCACCUCAGCGAAAGCCAACGUUCUGUCAGAACCAUUGGUGGAAGCAAACAUACCCUUCAAGAUUCAUAUCGUGAAGGAUCAUGAUUUGAAAGAGCGACUUUGUUUGGAGGUGGAGAGGCUUGGAUUUAGUGCUAUGAUCAUGGGGAGCAGAGGUUUCGGAGCCUCAAAACGGAAAGGCAAGGGAAGGCUUGGAAGUGUUAGCGAUUAUUGCGUACGUCAUUGUGUCUGUCCGGUGGUUGUGGUCAGGUAUUCAGAUGAGGAUGGUAGCGAUGAUGCUAGUGCAAAGAAGGUUGGGGCCGAUGAGCUCACGCUUCGCCAUGCUUCAGAGGAGGAGGUAGAGUUCCACGAUGCUGAUGAUCAUGAUCUCAAAGGUGACUUCCAACUUUUUUCAAAGUUAAUUGCUAUUUAUUAA